AGACCUAAAGCCGCCGGCACACACCCAUCGUCAAUCAAAUCCCACCAUGGCCAAGAAACCGUCGUUGUCAAUAUCAGUAGCGAAGGCAGUCUUCGCUAGCUCUUGGCUAGUGUUGCGAACCCUUCCAACCGCAACCGCACUGCCCUCGUUUGGCACGAAGAUUCCCAACGGAGAGCGCGUUCCAUGCCCACCCGACGAAACCGAAGCCUCCGAGGGCUGCACCCCGAGUGGUUUUUGCUUCGGCCUGGGGCACCCCAGCUGCGGCGGAUUCCAACCCGAAAAUCGGGACUCCGAUACCGGUGUCAUUUCGCUCAACCCCUUUGGAGACGACUGGAGGGCGACCGGCUUUAAAUGGACGGCCGAACUGUGCGGGCUCGAUUCCGACGGGGAUGGGUACACCAACGGAGAGGAGCUCGGRGACCCGUGUUGCACCUGGGUAGCGGGAUCAAGCGAGGGGGCCAACCCCGUGCCCAUCGAGGCAUUUGUCCCGUCCCACCCGGGAUUGGCCUCGCACGUUCCAGAGGGCCCGGUCCUGGACCUAGCCACCUUUUGUGAAAGUGAAGGAGGCAGCGGCGAAGCGAUCGUUGSAGAUGUUGAAGUCGAUGCUGCCGAGGAUGAGGAUUCGUCUCUGUCUUCCGUCGUGGAUGCUCGCUACAACGAGGGCGAGUCCAGGGGGUCGCUCGAGCUGCGUAUGAAUCCCUACCCCAUCCCGAUCCGCACCACCACGUACGUCGAUUUUGUCUUCAACCUUCCGGAUGAUUUCCCGGACCUCGUUCACGUUGUGUUUGCAGAGGUCAUUAACAGCCAACCGGAUCAUCUUCACCACUUUGUGUUGACGGGGUGCACCAACGCUUUCCCCGAGGACCAGCAUGGCAACCCURUAGACGACGUCUCACCCACCGAUUGCAACGUGCAACUGGGCGGAUGGGCACCGGGGAUGGACCCCUUUGGAACACCGAGUUCGGAGUACGGUGUCGCUCUCGGGCCUGGCAUGGGGAUUGCCGCACUCCACCUCAACGUCCACUACACGGAUGGUGUAUACGAAGACGAGGACACCGAAACCCACAAGAUGGCCACGGAYGGCAUGAAGAUCCAUUACACUACCGACUUUCGGCCUUUUACGACCGUCGCAAAACCCCUUAUCUGGGUCACCUACGGGCCUAAGAGCCUGGCCAUUCCAGCCAACGAGUCCAGGUUCUACACAUCCCGGACCUGCCAGGUCSAAUCGUCCUGUACCGAUGCGCCGGACGAGAACCUACAACGACUCGUCAAGCUGAUGGGGCUCGCUGGUGAUGACGAAGACGGAGACGGAGAAACAAGUGGAUUAGCUUCCAUGCUUUCGAGCCUCUCUUGCMAAUCAGUGGCCGCCUUUUGUUUUCUCCCCGGAGAACUACAGAGCYUGAUGCAGAUGGUUUGCCCCGAGACGUGUGGCCUUUGCGGAAGCAGCGGUGUCGACGGUACAAGCAACCCCCGCAAUCCCGAGAGCUAUCGSAUCACGGGGAUCCAUUACCAUGCCCACUUGCUUGGAUCGGAGAUGUACGCGACGCUGCUAAGAGAAGAAGAAACCCAAAGCGGCACCAUUGAUGUGCAAAAGAAAAAUAUGGAACAAGCGACCGAGGUUGUGGCAAGCACCAGAGUGGUGGCAAAGGACCUCAAGAGCCGCGAUAUCUGGCACUACGACGACCAGGCUUCCAUCCCGCUGGAGUAUGAUUUGUUUGUGGAAAAACCGGUGGAGGAAGGAUUUUCGAACGACAGCAACAACAACGCUACUGCUGCCACUGCCGCAACUGUAACGAAAGUGCUGAAACAAGGCGUGAUGGUGAAAGCCGGGGACGAGAUCUCGGUCACGUGUGUCUUUGAUUCCACGGCCCGACAGGAGCCCACCGCCUUUGGUCCAUCGACGUACCAAGAAAUGUGCAUUGUCACCGUCUAUGUCACGUUCGAUACCCCGCGAGUCCUGCUUGAUAUUGGUGAGGAAUCAUCGUCGGUGCUGUCUUCCACAGCAAACUUGCUUGUCGAUUUGAAUCUCCGUUCCUUUGSCUGUGGCGUCGACGACGAGUUUCACAAGACGGACGUCCACACGGGGACCCUUAGCGAGGAAGAGGACGGCCGGAAUAUCUGGAGGGACCACCCGAUCGGGGACACAAAGAGGUGCACCUAUCCUGUUAGAGACUAUAUCUUUAGCGACAGCGUCAUUACCAGAGACGAAAUAUGUCCCGAAGACGAUGGCGACGAAGACGKCGAGGAGGAAUUCUCCAAGGGCGCCGGGAUUUGUGACUCAUACAACCCCCUUCCUUCCGUCGAGGUGCUUUUCAUGGACGCAACAAUCGCCGGGGCAACAUGCACUGGUGGAAAAUAUGACCAAAUGGACGGAAACGAGCAAUUCGACAACGUGACAGAAGAAAUGUGCCUCGUUGAAGGAAAGGGGUCCUCCUACGAGCCCUAUACCUGCCUCGACGCCCAGGACUGGUUGGAUAACACGGCCCCGUUCGACCCCUCCAUCAACGAUGAGGUUCUCGACUUUGUUCGCGACGUGUGGCAAGGGAUGUGCUGCCGCCUAGGCAGCAUCGCCAUGGAUGUCGAAGAAGAAGAAUCCCCUUUGAAAACGGUCGAUGCAAUUGACGAGAAGAGCGAGGAGGAACAAGAUGCCAAGGCCGGCGAUGUGACCACCGCCGAGGCAGGAAUUUCAUCGUCGUCGGUGGUGAGCAUCCUCUCGGCGGUUCCUGCGACCCUGUUGGGUACCCUGGCCGUUUUUGCCUCGGUGGUAUUCUAAAACGAGGUGGACUCUGUGCUCGUUUCGUCUCCUCCGCCACGAUUCCUUGCGCUGCGUUUCAGAAGGGRGGGACCGACAGGAUUCAACUUGCGUUGCUGCCCGAUGGCCGGAUGCAUCGAUGGCAACGACCGUUUAUUCAUCAUCGUUGUUACUCUAUUUGUACAUUCAUAUUCUCRWAUACCACUUUUAAAAUUCAAAUUCUCACUACUUGGAGGCUGCCACUUAAACCCACUAUUUAUUGAUUGUAAGUGAGCAAGGUGCUUUAAGAAACGAAAAGAUUMAAUUGCCGUACAGCGUACGUGCCAUUGUAAAUACAAUAAUAUUAUUAUGGUUCAAUGUGAAAUCACGACAAUUGUUAUUGCCUGUAUUAACACAGGCAUUUUUACGAGAACAAGGAAAUGUCAUAUCAGAUCAAACCUCUUGUCGAWUCAUACAGUUGUCUUCGUUGCUAUUGUGAUAGUUGGGCGCGUUGGCAGUAUUAUUGCUGCUGUACCUUGUAUUGAUACUUCCUUUCCUGUAGGUUUCAUCAAGGUUUUCUUAUGGGCUAGUAUAGCUUGCGAAAUUUGGUCUAACUUUGGACGGAGUUGUUGCAAUUGCUCCCGUUGCAUUUGGUAUUGUUUCUUGUUCCAGCUGCUGGUGAAACUGUUUUGGUUGGCAAUGUUCCGAUAUGCUUUGCGUUCAUUGAAGUGUGAUUUUUGUGUCCUUUGCGGUAGUUUUGGUGGAAUGCAACAACAAGCGUUGUCGCUCCUUGUAGUUUUCUUUGUUGACAGAACCCCUCAGUCACCAUAACCUUCAUUGAUGGCAGCAAUGCGUAUGAUGAACCCCUCCCACCUCACUUUCAAUUUGGAACCAGAGCCAAAACUGAAGAACCAAUGAAACUGAAGAUGGAAACAAUAUCAUAUUGCAAAAAGGUUAGAGUUUCAUAUGGAUACCAUGAUUGGUCAGGUGAAGAGAAUUGUUCAACAUUCCCAGYGGCAGUGGGUAUAAAUGAAAAAGGAGGAAUGGAUGAUGCUGAAUUUUUAAAGUACCUCUUCAAUARUAUUGURCCUCUUUUUCCUGAUGCUGAAGAUUCAUUUGGAAAGAAAGUAAUGAUCAMAAUUGAUUCGGGUCCAGGGAGGUUAAAUAUUGACAUGCUGGCAAAGCUCCAAGCCCAUGGCUUCAUUUUGUAUCCAUGUGUUCCCAACGCCACUGCUUUUUCACAAGAGACAGAUGUUUCAUAUGGCAUUUUUGAAAGCAAGUUCUGAAGUAAUCUCAAAAAGCUCACUGAUGAUUGUCUGAAGAAAAGGCAAACAGUGUCCUUCACACCUUCCAUAGUAGGGCUUCUAGUAUUUGGUGGUACUGAUAGGGUUGGUGGAUGCAGUGGAUAUGUUGACAGUUUUGCAGCGCUAAUUUUUUAGAGAGAAGAAUCUGGAGGCAUGGCAAAAGGUAGGAGCUGUGCCUUGUAUUAUGGCAUGUUUGAAUUCAAAGCUUGUACGUCACGACAGUGCURGUGACCCAAAUGCUGUAUUGUUGAAGAUAUUGCUCCUUGUCUAGGUCCCMCUACUACUCUUCCUCAAGUGAUCAAGCAGGCUAUUAUUGAUGUGAUGGUCUCUUUUCCUGAUCUCACUUGUUGUGCAGAGAUGAACAUGAAACCCAAGUGACCAGAACUAGUCCAAAUGCCUAAAGUGUGCCUUGAAGGAGCUCCAACAGUACUGAAGGACAAGGAGUCACUGUUUAAAAGGAUCCACAAAUUUGUUGUGAAGCACCUCAAAGUCAUCACUGGUAGCACCAAGAUCAAAGAACAGAGAGCAAUUUGGACAACCUAUCAAGACCUAUGCUUUCAUUGACUCCCUCUGUUGUAAUCUUGUGAAUCUUGGAAUUUCUUGCCUUAGGGAGGAUGACAAAGAAGGCAAGUGCAAGCUCCUCAUGUUCUUUGCUAACCAGUUGCAUUGCAAAGUGAAUCUUGAUGAGAGUGGUGUCACCAUGCUGGAUCGCAACUCUCAUCAAGCCAGUGGUUGAACACCUACAAGAUAUGCUUCUGCAACUCAMAUAACAAUCAUAUUGUAUGCAGUGGUGACUGUACCAAUACCAAGAGCAGUGUUACUAUGUUCAAUAUCAUUGCAGGAAUUUUCAUCAACUCUGGUAUAGGUAGAAAUUGGAUGGGAAAGUGUCAGGGUCAGGGGGGAAACAGACAUGUGGCUUUACUAGUAGGACAAACAUAUCUGACUCCUCUGUUUAUUUACCAGGAGAACGGUGUGACCAUGGAAAGCUUUAUUGCUUUGAUCCARCCAAGCAAUAUAACACAAAAAAGCCGUCAAGCCAGGAGGCUCCAAAAAACACAGGAAAUGGGAAUCUGAACUGAGGUCCGGAUGUGAGAUUUUGGUCUUAUGCCAGAUGGAGACCCUUGUUGGAGUGUUUUUCUGGAGUAACACAUCAUGUAUCAAAUAAUUCUGCAAUAAAGCCGGGCAGGGUUCCAGUGGGAAUAGUUAGGAAUCCAAUAGUUGCUAUUGUCUUCCUCAAAGAUAAGGCAGUAUGAUUCCAACAAUGCCACAAAAGUCAACUUGCAUGAGAAACAGCAGUGGAGGAUAUAGUACUGUCAUUCUAGUAGUGGAACACAGACAGCAUGCUGAGUAAUAAAAUUGAUACUUCUGU